AUGCUGUUGCCAACGUCACGGUUGCAGACGAGACUUGGCGUGUGGGACAGUGAGAGCCGCUCCCAGCCCCACCGAACCACACCGAGUCACACCCAGCGACACCCAGGCACACCCAGCCACAUCCAGACACACCCAGCCACACCUUGCCACACAAGCCACACCGAAUCACACCGAGCCACACCAAGUCACACCCAGCGACACCAAGCCACAUCCAGCGACACCAAGUCACAUCCAGCGACACCAAGCCACAUCCAGCGACACCAAGCCACAUCCAGCCACAUCCAGCCACACCAAGCCACAUCCAGCCACACCCAGGCACACCUUGCCACACAAGCCACACCGAACCACAACAGCGACACCCAGCCACACCCAGCCACACCGAGUCACACCAGGCCACCCCAACCACACCCAGCAACACCCACACACCCCCACACCGAGUUACACCCAGCCACACCAAACUACACCCACACCCAGCCACGCCUAGCCACGCCUAGCCACACCAAGCUCCACACCGCGUUACACCAAGCCACACCCAGCAACACCAAGCCACACCGCGUUACACCAAGCCACACCCAGCAACACCAAGCCAAACCACACCAAGCCACACCAAGCCAAGCCACACCAAGCCAAGCCAAGCCACACCAAGCCACGCCCAGCCACACCGCGUUACACCCAGCCACACCAAGCCAAGCCACACCACACCGAAACACACUGAAACACACCAAGCCACACCAAGCCGCACCCAGCGGCAUCAAGCCACACCCAGCCACAGCAAGCCACACCCAGCUACACCAAAACAAACAGAACCUCAACAACCCACACCGACCAAGCCACAAGCCACACCAAGCCACACCCAGCCACGACAAACCACACCAAGCCACACCGACCAAGCCACAAGCCACACCCAGCCACACCCAGCCACACCCAGCCACACCCAGCCACGACAAGCCACACCAAGCCACACCGACCAAGCCACAAGCCACACCCAGCCACACCCAGCCACGACAAACCACACCAAGCCACACCGACCAAGCCACAAGCCACACCCAGGCACACCCAGCCACGACAAGCCACACCAAGCCACACCGACCAAGCCACAAGCCACACCCAGCCACACCCAGCCACACCCAGCCACGACAAGCCACACCAAGCCACACCGAGGAUAAGGUAGAGUAG